UGUGCUCGCAUUUCUCGUGCGGUUGUCGGCUCGGAAAGUAUCUUCUGGCUUAAGCUGUCGGGUUAAACAACGUUUCGGACCUCGCCAAAAACUCCAGCAAACUAUCGAAUUCGGCAAAAUGACAAAUUUCCUCUCUCUCCUGGUCAUCACUCUGGCUUGCGUAAUUGUCCAUGCCCAACAAACAUCUGAACAGAAACCUGUUUUCGGACAAACGUUCGACGAAAUCGUGGUCUCGUCGGAUCUGAACGUGAGAAGAAAGUCCAAGGAAAGCCGUCAGGGUAAAAGACUGACGAACAUACCAUCGGGGACCACCGGCCCACCUGAAAAAUCCACCGCAAUCGCGUCCAGGCUCGUUUCCAAUGACGGUAGUCGAAUUACACCGGUGAAAACUCAAACGAAACGCGAAAUUUCAAACUUGCAAAAGAGGUACCUGGACAUGGGCGUCGCGGGAUACUUGCUGAAAUCUCGGAAACGAUGAAAUUUCUAUUCCGAGGACAACCGCACGAUCCUCACACACCCAUUCCGACCAUACUUUUCGGACCCCUUUCGGACCAUGGUUCAUGUAACAAAAAGGAUAAUAAAAAUUUUCUG